ACAAUGUGGACAACGGAUAAAUGUAAAUAAUAAACAAACAUAUAAAACAGUGCAUGUGUUUUGUAAACAUAAACAAUUUUUCUUAACAAUCCUCAAAAAAUGCCUCCUAAAUCAUCGAACAAAAAGAAUGCUGCCAGUGCUACUCCCUCCUGGUAUCACUGUGAAAAGUGUGAUGUACAUAUUACAACAAAAGAACGUGAAAAACAUGAACAAAAAUGUCCCAUACAAGAGCAACAAAUUGAAACGGAUAAAGGCGAGCAUUUGGAAUAUAUUAGAAAGAGGAUAUUGUAUACGGGCAGUUAUGAAAAACGUAAAUUUGAAAUAGAUGAGCUAAAAGAAAUGCCAGCAAAGUAUGUAAAUAACUUGAUAUUUAUAUCGGAAGGAGCUAUACGUUUGGCUGGUUGGCAUAUUGGACAACAGGUAGUGAUAAAGAGCAAAACUACAUUUUCCUUAGUGCGUAGCAUAUGGCCCAUACCGGAAAAGUUUUUAACCACCAUAUUUGUUAGCGAAGAUGAUUACAACACUUAUUGGACGGCAUUGAAAGGCCAAUGUUUACAAAUUGAGUCGGUGCCUCCUGGGCAACCAAAAGUAGCUAAAACUUUACUAUUACAAAUACAAACAACUAGUCAAGAUGAUGAACCCUUAAAUAGUCAGCAACUCAAAGAUGUUGAUCGUUUAUUAAAAUUGGAAUUAAGAAAUUUAUCAUUUACCCUAGACUCGGUGGUAUAUUUUAAUUUCUUUAAUAAAUCUUUAACUUUAAAGAUUAUUUACUGGUCAGCUUUAAAUAGCAAUAGUAAUAAUGACGAUCCAUCUAAUGUUUUGGAGAAAUCUUUAAAUGAUUUAAACAUUAAUAAACAUUCACCUUGCGAGGAUAUUUUUAAGGUGACCAAUUCAACAACCAUAGAAGUAUCAUCGGAAAAUAUUCCCAACUCCGAUGAUGAAUCGGACGAUUUAUCAAGGUAUUUGGUGACAAAAAACGAUAUCGGUGGUUUAAGCAAACAGUUGGAAAUCAUCGAAGAAGCUAUAGAUUUUGCAUUGGGUUUAAGGAGAAUUCCUCAAGGUGUCAAAAUUUCUCGUGGCUUAUUAAUUUAUGGCUCUUCGGGCUGUGGUAAAACUAUGAUUUGUGAGGCUAUGUGUAGUAGAUUGCUACAGAAACAGGAACUACAAGGAAAAUCCUCCUUCAAACCAUUAAUAUUGAAAUUAAACACCAGCGAAUUAUUUAGUAAAUUCCUAGGAGAAACAGAAAAAAACUUGGCUGUUUAUUUCGAUAAAGUUUAUAAACACUAUCCACAGCCUACACUAAUGGUCAUAGAAGAUGUACACAAUUUAUGUCCUAAACACGAAAGCAAUGAAGUGGUUAAACGAGUUUCAGUGGCUUUUCUCAAUAUGAUGGAUUCGCUGGCCCAUAAACGCGAGUCUCAAAGAUGUUUUGUUUUAGCUACCACUUCGCAGUUGGAAAUGUUAAACCCCAGUAUCAGGAGAUGUGGUAGAUUAGAUUGUGAAGUUGAGGUGGCAGCUCCAACACCCGAGGGACGCCAAGAUAUACUAAAAUGUUUGCUGAGAAAGGUGGAAAAUCAUAAUUUGUCUUUAAAAGAUGUGCAGCAAAUUACACAGGUAACUCACGGUUUUGUGGGAGCCGAUUUAGCCAAUCUAAUUUACAAUGCUACUUUAAAGUCAUUGCAUCACAAUGCCACCACCGCUUCAGUACAGCUACAAGUUGAGGAUAUGAAUAAUGCCUUAAAAUAUGUUAAACCCUCUGCCAUGCGUGAGGUAUUAAUAGAAUGUCCCAAUAUAAAAUGGUCCGAUAUAGGAGGUCAAGAUGAACUGAAAUUAAAAUUAAAGCAAGCCAUUGAGUGGCCUCUAAAACAUGCCGAACAGUUUCAAAGAUUAGGUAUUAAACCACCCAGAGGCCUAUUAAUGUAUGGCCCCCCAGGCUGUUCCAAAACGAUGAUUGCCAAGGCUUUAGCCACGGAAUCCCAACUCAACUUUUUAUCUAUCAAAGGACCAGAAUUAUUUUCCAUGUGGGUAGGUGAAUCCGAAAGGGCUGUAAGAGAAGUUUUUCGCAAAGCUAGACAAGUAGCACCGGCCAUAGUAUUUUUUGAUGAAAUUGAUGCUAUAGGUGGUGAACGUUCGGAUGGCUCUUCUUCGGGCUCUGGUAGUUCAGUUAAAGAAAGAGUACUUACCCAGCUAUUGACCGAAUUGGAUGGCGUUGAGUCGCUAGAGAAUGUAACAAUUGUUGCCGCCACAAAUCGUCCCGAUAUGAUUGAUAAAGCUUUGCUACGUCCCGGUCGUAUAGAUCGUAUUAUUUAUGUUGGUCUACCCGAUGACAAGGCACGUCACGAAAUUUUCCGCAUCAAAUUACAAAAAAUGCCCUUGUCUGAAGAUGUUGAUUUGCAAGAGUUGGUUAAAAGAACUGAAGGUUAUUCGGGUGCUGAAAUUCAAGCGGUCUGUCAUGAAGCAGCCUUAAAAACACUGGAGAACAGUUUUGAUGCAACUUGUGUGACAUGGUCACAAUUUGAAUAUGCUUUGAAAGCUGUACAGCCAAGAACCAGUCCGGAUCUGUUGCGUUUAUAUGAGAAUUAUAUGAAAAAAUCAUAAAUAAAUGCUGGUACACAAACAGAAA